CCUCAGGUCGUGAUUAACGGAGCCCAUUCCCUGGAAGCAGGAAUGAAUACACGCUUGGAUGUGGGUUCUGGUCCUCAUAGGAGCUCAUUGAUUACCUUGCAGGCCUCAGCAACCGGUGGUGAGGUGGCUGAAAUUCCAGAUUCGCUGGUGAGACAGGCGGCCUCCUGCAUGAUGGCGUGCACAGGGUCAGCUGAUCCCCACCUCCCUGUGGGCACCAGAUACACCUAUCACUUUUCUACCAACACCAGUACUGGCCUGCAGGGAGACUCAGUGGAAGGAAGUGGCCUUGGCCUCCAAGGCUUGGCCAUCGUUGAUGUGCUUGGCCCGUGCCAGAUGGCCUUAUGGCUCCAAGAUUUCCAGGUGACAUCUAUCCUGGGGUCCAAGGUGGCAGUUCUGAAGGACUCGGAGAACUUGAGCGCUGCCCUGGGCCGCCACCCGCUGCGCUUCAUCCUGCAGGCAGGGUGCGUGGCCCACCUGUGUCCCCGCCGCGCAGAGCCUCGCUGGGCGCUGAACGUGAAGCGCGCGGUGCUGAGCCUCCUGCAGGGGCGCCCGGACGCCCGCGGCCCCCAGACCCUCGAAGAGGUGGACGUCCUGGGCAGGUGUCCCACCACGUACCAGCCACAUGGUGCGGGGCUGCGCAAGACCAAGGACCUGGCCCGCUGCUCCCUGCGCAGAGUGCGCUCCUCCCUGCGCUCCCAGGCCCUGCCCUGGGAGGAGGCUGGCCUGGCCUCCCACCUGACCUGCUUCCAGAGUUUCCAGGCUGGCAUGCUGAGUGUGGCCUCUUGCACGGAGCUGGACACCGUGCGGCCCCUCUCUGAGAAGGCAAGUGGGGUGCAGAUGCAGACGCUUUCCUCGCUCACCCUGCUGCGUGAGAUGUCCCUGGAUCCGGCCGUCACAGUGCUUCCCAUAUCAGAUCCGGACGAUGGAGAUGUAACUCCAAGCAGUCUGUUGUACGAAUGGGAGGAAACACAGUCUCAGGCUACGGUGGUCACAGUGGCCGCAUCACUGAGGAAACUGUGCCUGGCUCAGACCACGAGCUUUGAGGCCGCAGAACUGUUCCUGACGCUGGUGUCCGAGCUCCAGGGCCUCUCCCCAGAUGAGCUGAUGGCACUCUGGCGACAGUCUUCCUUUAAAUGCCGGGACAACUGGCAGCCGCUGGUGGACGCCCUGCCCUCCUGUGGCACCGAGCCCUGUGUGGGCCUCAUGAAGGACCUCAUCGUGUCCGGGGAGGUGGAGGCGGACGAGAUGGAGGCGUGGCUCUGGUCGCUGGCCCUUGUCCCACAGCCCACGGAUGCCAUGGUCCACACGCUGCUGCCACUCCUGCAGACCUCGGGGACUAGCCCCAGCGCCUUCCUUGGUAUCUCGGCCCUGGCGCACAACCUCUGUGCCUCCCUGGAUGGGCCCUGUGGACACCUGCCUGGCGUCGGCUCCCUCGUGAGGAUCCUGGGAGAGGCCUUGGGUGCCAACUGCACCUUCCAGGAGCCGUCGGACGCUGAGCAGCUCCAGCUCGUGCUGAAGGCGAUUGGCAACGCAGGCCUGGCGGUCACAGCUCUGACCCCCACACUGAGCACCUGUGCAUCCCAGAGGAGCUGCCCCCUUGAGGUCCGGCUGGGGGCCAUCCAGGCCUUCCGGAGGGUCCCCUGCUCUGCAGACCGAUCCGCGCUCUCCCGUCUGUACCAAAACCCAGAGGAGGAUGCUGAGAUCCGCAUCAAUGCCUACCUGGCCCUGAUGAGAUGCCCUGGUGAGGAGGUGUUUGCGCAGGUGCGGCGGACCCAGGCAGCCGAGCGGUCCACCCAGGUGGGCUCCUUUGUGUGGAGUCACCUGAUGCAGCUGCUGGAGACCAGCGACCCCCUGAAGCAAGCUCUCCAGGAGGCCCUCCCUGAGGACAUCCUGAGUCGGGAGUUCCAGCCGGAGGCCUGGAAACACUCGUCCUAUUCUGAUGUCACGUUCCGCUCAGUGUCUGGCAGCCUGGGAGCCAACCUGGAGGGGACCCUUCUCUUUUCUCCAGCCUCCUUUCUCCCCCGUUCUGCCAUGACUAACCUGACCAUCCACGCCCUAGGUCAUGCCUUCAACCUCCUGGAGGUUCCAAUGAGUCAGGCGAGGCGGCUGGCCCAGGAGUGCAGCACCAUCCAGAAGCUGCGGGCGCAUAGUGGCUCAGAGGUGACCUAUGAGCUGGAGCUGGACCAUGAGCUCCACUGCACACAGACCCCAGCACUCAGCCACAAGGUUCAGCUGCGGCACGAGGAGGGCUUGGGCUCCCUGCACUCACAACUGGAGGCCAGCUACGGGAUGCGCUGGAAUGAAAGCAGCAAUAAGAGGAAGCUCCGCAUCAGCCAGACCUUCCAGAACGACUCGGGUCCAGCCCUGAGCAAUUACUUCAUGGAGUUUGUGCUGCAGGUGCCUGAGAGGCAGGUGGAUUACCGUAUGCAGCUCUAUCACUCAAGCCUUCGCCAGCCACACGUGGAGAGCAGCACACACCUGAAGGUGCAGUACAAUGGGCAGCUGCCCUUUGUGGCAGGCCUGCAGUGGAAGGACACGUCUCGAGCUACCCUGUGGAAGUGGGAAGUCUCCCAAUCUGUGCAGGUGGCUGCCCAACGAUACAAAGACCAUAGCCUCAGUGGCUCCCUGUCUGUGCACACGUCCAGCCGGGAGCUGGUUCUGCUGGAGGCCAACAGCAGCCAGGACACCCAGAGACGCAGCCGGGGCUGGGACAUGAGCGUCCUCCUCCACCAAGCAGUCCUCAGCGCCCCCCUGGCCAUUCAGCUGCAGCUGUCCAGCAAGGUGGCCCCAGCCAGGGUUUGGCUGUUUUAUAAGGUGCUGGUGGACCAGAACACAGCACAGCUUCUCCUCAAGGCUUCCAUGGAGAAGAGGGGAGGCCAGGUCCUGACCCUGCAGUGCCAAGUCCAGCACACGGUGGCUUGUUGGACAGCUGUGCCCCGCCUCCUGACCCUCAAGGGCAUGCUGAAGCAGAAGGAGACACUCAGAGAGG